AUGGAGCUGGACAUGGCAAUGGGGGACAGCAAGGCUGCUGUGAGCCAGUGGCAGCAGCAGUCCUAUCUGGAUUCAGGAAUUCAGUCUGGCGUCACCACUACUGCACCAUCUCUGAGCGGCAAGGGAAACCCAGAUGCUGAGGAGGAUGAUCCUUCUCUCUAUGACUGGGAGUUUAACCAGCCCUUCACUCCUGAAACUACAGACAUUGAGGGCUACGCCAUGACCCGGGCCCAGCGUGUGCGUGCUGCAAUGUUUCCGGAGACUUUGGAAGAGGGCAUUCAGAUCCCCCCCACACAGCUGGAUGCUGCCCACCCAACGGCAGUUCAGCGUUUGGCAGAGCCCUCUCAGAUGCUGAAGCACGCAGUGGUCAAUCUCAUCAACUAUCAAGAUGAUGCUGAGCUGGCCACUCGAGCCAUACCCGAGCUCACCAAACUGCUCAAUGAUGAGGACCAGGUUGUCGUGAAUAAAGCGGCUGUAAUGGUGCACCAGCUUUCAAAGAAGGAAGCAUCGCGCCACGCUCUGAUGCGUUCGCCGCAGAUGGUCUCAGCAGUGGUUCGUGCCAUGCAAAACACCGGCGACGUGGAGACGGCUCGCUGCUCUGCUGGCACCCUGCACAACCUUUCCCACCAUCGUGAGGGGCUCCUUGCAAUCUUCAAGUCUGGAGGCAUCCCUGCUCUCGUGAAGAUGCUGGGCUCACCCGUGGACAGCGUUCUGUUUUAUGCCAUCACCACACUCCACAACCUGUUGUUGCACCAGGAGGGGGCCAAAAUGGCUGUGCGCCUAGCUGGGGGACUGCAAAAAAUGGUAGCCCUGCUGUCUAACACUAAUGUCAAGUUCCUGGCAAUCACCACCGACUGCCUGCAGAUCCUGGCAUAUGGCAAUCAGGAGAGCAAGCUAAUCAUUCUGGCCAGCGGAGGUCCCCAGGCCCUGGUCAACAUCAUGAGGACCUUCACAUAUGAGAAACUGCUGUGGACCACUAGCAGAGUGCUCAAGGUGCUCUCUGUUUGCUCAAGCAACAAGCCUGCCAUUGUAGAAGCUGGGGGCAUGCAGGCAUUGGGGCUUCAUCUGACAGACCAAAGCCAGCGUCUGGUCCAGAACUGUCUCUGGACUCUGAGGAAUCUUUCAGAUGCCGCCACUAAACAGGAGGGGAUGGAAGGUCUCCUGGGAACUCUGGUCCAGCUGCUGGGCAGUGAUGACAUCAAUGUGGUGACAUGUGCUGCUGGCAUCCUCUCCAACCUGACCUGCAACAACUACAGCAACAAACUGAUGGUCUGCCAGGUUGGUGGCAUUGAGGCUCUGGUGCGAACGGUGCUCCGUGCUGGUGACAGAGAGGACAUCACGGAGCCGGCCGUCUGCGCCCUGCGUCACCUGACCUCCCGCCACCAGGACGCUGAGAUGGCCCAGAACGCUGUGCGCCUUCACUACGGCCUGCCUGUGGUGGUCAAACUGCUGCACCCUCCAUCCCACUGGCCCCUUAUCAAGGCAACAGUUGGUCUAAUUCGCAACCUGGCCCUCUGCCCGGCCAACCACAGCGCUCUGCGGGAGCAGGGCGCCAUCCCCCGGCUGGUCCAGCUGCUUGUCAGAGCCCACCAGGACACCCAGAGGCGCACCAGCAUGGGCGGCAAUCAGCAGCAGUUUGUUGAGGGCGUGCGCAUGGAGGAGAUAGUUGAAGGUUGCACAGGAGCUCUGCACAUCCUGGCCCGGGAUGUCCACAACAGAAUCGUCAUCAGAGGGCUAAACACCAUUCCACUCUUUGUCCAGUUGCUUUAUUCUCCAGUGGAGAACAUCCAGCGUGUGGCUGCCGGUGUGCUGUGCGAGCUGGCCCAGGACAAAGAAGCUGCCGAGGCCAUCGAAGCCGAGGGCGCCACCGCGCCCCUCACCGAGCUGCUGCACUCCCGCAACGAGGGCGUCGCCACCUACGCUGCUGCUGUCCUGUUCCGCAUGUCCGAGGACAAGCCCCAGGACUACAAGAAGCGCCUGUCGGUGGAGCUGACCAGCUCCUUGUUCCGGACCGAGCCCAUGGCCUGGAAUGACACCGGAGACCUGGGGCUGGAUAUGGGAGCACAGGGAGACCCGCUGGCCUACAGGCAGGAUGAUGGCGCAUACCGGACCUACCCAGCAGCUUACGGCCAGGACUCCCUGUUGGACCCCAUGAUGGACGGUGCAGACUACCAUGCUGACGCGCUGCCGGACCUGGGCCACCACACCGAUCCUCUGCCAGACCUCGGCCACACCCAGGAUCUGAUGGACAGCAACCAGCUGGCCUGGUUUGACACCGACCUGUAG